AUAUAGGAUCAAUCACUUCAAUUAGUGCAAAAAUCGGAAGCCGGCCGGUGAAGAAAAUUCAUCAUGUCUAUUCAAUGGACAUUUAUUGCUGGAUAUUUAUACGUAGAGAUCUUUCUCGUUAUUAUUAUGAUAUCACCCAUAUUUAGUCCGAGAAAAUGGUAUCGUUUCUUUCGAUCACGGUUAUUUUCAAUAUUUCAAGAGCGAACCGCUAUGUAUUUCUACGGUCUAUUGGGUAUCUUGAGUCUGUUUUUAUUUGAUUCUAUCAGAGAAAUGAGAAAAUAUUCUAUUUCAAGCGAACCUGGUCAUAAUCAGCUAGCUAGUGAAAUGAAGGGGAAUGUAAAAUUAUUUAGAUCUCAAAGAAACUUCUACAUAACUGGUUUUGCUAUAUUCUUAUCAUUUGUCAUCAGAAGAUUAGUUACAAUGAUCAUAAUACAGUAUGAAUUACAAUUAAAGGCUGAAGCGAUAAUAAGAAAAGCUGAAGACACUGUUAAUUUUGCUAAGACUACAGUAAUAAAACAGAACAUUCAAGAUGACACUCAAAAUUAUGAUGAAAUAAAGAGUAAGUUAAAUGAAACUGAGAAUUUGUUGGAAAAUCAAAAAGCUAGGAUCAAGGACCUGGAAGAAGAAGCAACUGUAUGGAGACUUAAAUAUGAGGAGGCAAUAAAUAGCUCCCGGGCACAAGGUGAUAAUUAAACAUUUAUAAAAUGGAUAUGCUAGUCUAGGUGCUGUACUGUCCUUGUAAGGAUAAGAUUGAAAUUGUGAUAUGGAAUUAAUUUACUCAUUUAUGUUUUGGAAGUUAUUUAUAAUGAUAUAUUGCGCUUGAAAGUUGCAUUGUGUAUAAAAAAAUAUUCUUAUGUUUUAUAUGUGGUUGAAAAAUUGAAAAUAUAUUUAUAUACCUACAAAUCUUAUAGUGUAGUAUUUCUGUUACAUUUUUAAAAUUAACAAUCUAAAAUAUAUGUCUUAUAUUUAAUAUUCUUUAAGUACUUAAUAUAAUUUAUAAUUGUUGCAUUUAAUAUGAUUCAUGUCCUAAUCAAGUAAUCAGGCAUUAAUUAUAUCAGUGAAAAUAUCUGAAAUUAUGAUAAUUGUUUGUAAUUAUUUUUAACGCUGCACAUAGAUAUUGACAAUAUGGUAUUACAUAAUUAAA